AUCUGACUGUCUCUCCGGCAGCUGGAGAAACGCUUUGUGUGUUUGUCUGCUCGGGUUCUUCUGCACACACGGAGCAUCAAACAGAAGAAGAAGAGCCAUUGGUUCGGAGGAGUUGAUGACGAAGGGAGCGCACUGUCUUCUCCAGGAGCGCAUUAGCCCACUCUCUCCCACACACACUGCACCUCAGACCCGUGGGAUGAGAGUAGUGUGUCGGACUGGGAUGAACAUUUAAUUGGAGAACUUUUUCUUUCUCUGCUGUUAUUAAUUUUUUGUUUAUUUUGGAGGUGGAGACCUGUUACGACGAGCGCGUUUUCUCUCCAGGAGCGCGCAGUGUGGCACACGCUGGAACAAAAACAGCUCGGUGCGGCGAGUGCAGCGCAGGCAGGUUUCCGUUUUAAAAGCAGCAGGAGAGGCAGGAGAGUUACGGAGUCCGCGGGGAAGCAGUGUCGGUGCGUGAGAAAGACGGACAGCUCUCUAAAAACGGCUGGGAAUUGAGAAGAAAUCAGCGGCGGAACUUGGAUAUGGCGGGUGUGAAGACGUUCGACCUUCUCGUUGGAGUUGUUUUAGUUUUGCAGUGUGUGGGGAAUGCCCGAGCCGAGAUCACAGCCAGUAACGGGGUCUCUUACUCAGUCGUGCAGGGGCAGGCAGGAGACGAGGAUGCGGCAGUGGACGUGAAGCUGUACAGUCACCGGUGGAGGAGAUGGCUUCCCCCAAAACCUCGUAACAUGGACAGUAACAGGGCCAGUCAGGAGCAGGACCAGGAACCUGAGCAGGUGGAGCCCGAGGGCCUCCCAGGCCUGCUGUCUGCAGAGGACACAGACAACAGCUCCCAGAUAGAGGAGGAUACAGAUCACGACUACUACACGUCAAAAACAUACAGCCCAUCGGAUCCGAUGAGCAAGGACUUGUGGGUAAAUAUCGACCAGAUGGACAAGGAAAAAGUGAAGAUCCAUGGGAUUCUGUCCAACACACACAGACAAGCAGCGAGAGUUAAUCUGUCCUUCGAUUUCCCUUUUUAUGGACAUUUUCUGCGUGAAAUCACCGUGGCAACUGGUGGGUUCAUCUACACGGGUGACGUGGUCCACCGGAUGCUAACAGCUACACAGUACAUCGCUCCUCUAAUGGCAAACUUUGACCCCAGUGUCUCCAGAAACUCCACUGUCAUCUACUUUGACAAUGGUACUGCUCUGGUGGUGCAAUGGGACCAUGUCCACCUACAGGACAACUACAACCUGGGAAGCUUCACCUUCCAGGCAACACUACACAACACCGGCAGGAUUGUUUUUGCAUACAAAGAGAUCCCCAUUGAGGUGUCACAGAUCAGCUCUGUCAAUCACCCGGUGAAGGUGGGCCUGUCUGAUGCCUUUGUGGUGGUCCACAAGAUCCAACAGAUACCCAAUGUGAGGCGGAGGACAAUCUACGAGUACCACCGUGUGGAGCUGACGAAGACGAGGAUCACCAAUUCUACAGCCGUGGAAAUUAUGCCUUUACCCACCUGUCUCCAGUUCACCAGCUGUAGCGCGUGCAUCUCCUCACAGAUAAACUUCAACUGUAGCUGGUGCCAUCGGCUCAACAGAUGUUCCAGUGGCUUUGACCGCCAUCGGCAGGAUUGGGUGGACAACAGCUGCCCAGAUGAGACAAAGGACAAGAUGUGCGACAUCAUCGACACUACGCACCUCUACCCCUUCACCACCACGAUUGUCGCCAAAACAACAUCCAGGAGCAAAGAGGCCACUGCAGGCAGGGACACAACCUCCACCUCCCACCCUCCCACCAGCGUCCCCACUGAAGAUGACACCAAGAUUGCCCUGCAUCUCAGAGACAACCAGGUGAUGCCUGCAGACAGUGCUGUAGACAGGAUGCCAGGUACACACCCUUUGCACGUUGGUCUGAUCCUCGGCAUCCUCCUGGUGAUGCUCAUCAUGGUUGCCGGCGUGCUGGUCACCGUGUACAUCUACCAUCACCCGACCUCUGCAGCCAGCCUCUUCCUUAUUGAGAGACGCCCAAGCAGGUGGCCAGCCAUGAAGUUUCGCCGGGGGUCGGGCCACCCGGCCUACGCGGAGGUGGAGCCAGUGGGCCAGGAGAAGGAGGGCUUCAUCGAGUCCGAGCAGUGCUGAGGGAGGAGAGGGCGUCUGCACCCUCCCCCCUCCCUCCUGUGCUUGCCCUCCUCCCUCCUGCUUCACGGGGACUUCUCCAGAAUCUGCUUAUCGGCGCAGGAGCUCAAUGUACACAAUGACUCGUUAAGACUGCGAAAUCGGCCCAUUGAGCACUAGAUGAGACUGGAUAGAGCAGCCAGCAAUAUGAGCAAGUGAGAAAACUGAUUCCAGACAAGCCCAUUGUUCAGCUCAUUGGCAAGGGACUGACCUACUGGGGACAGAGGGAGGGAGCAGCAUUGAUGUCAUCGACAGCAUUGGUUAAGUUUUGUACGGCUGUUAUCAUGUUGCCAUAGAGGGAUUGUACAACCUGACUGCCGAGACUGGAUACUGGUGUGUCUGAGGGGGUGAAUUAUACAAUAUAUAUUUUCAGAAACAAUACAGAGUAUGUGAACAGAGAUUUCCACUUUAUUGUUGGUGGGGUUAUACUGUAUAGGCCUUUGUAUAUCCAUCAGGUUUUUACUUCUUUUCCUCUUUCUGUCAGUAUGUUGGUUUUACAGGGGUUGGCGCAUGUAUCUGUAUAGACCGUAGGUAUUGCUGUUCAAUACCAUAGCAGGCUAAAUUGACUUUUCCACUGCCCACUCUGCAGAGAGGCUGCAGCUGUGCGAUAUGACGUGAGCUGAACUCCUGUCACUGCGAUCGAUCGCAGCUCGGAGAUGAAGCUCUGAACAGUCAGCAUUGGUGUUGAAUUAGUUUGUUGGCUGGUUUAAUUUUCUGAAAAUUAAGGGUAAGAUGUCUUUUGUUCACUGACAGUAUCUCAGUGGGUUUUUUUUUUUUAAUGGGUGAUGGGCACACUAUCUUUUUUUUUAUUGGUUCUUUGAUUAAUUUCAUCAUUGAUACCAUUUCAUGUGUUUAUUUUUGCAGUUUUUUUCAUUACUGCCGUGCCAUUUUGUCCCUGACUAAAGUUUGCACAUUUUUUUUCUCAUUUGACAUGUGGUACUAAUGCAAAAUUACAAGACAGGCGCUUGUGAGCUUGUGUAUGCUGAGUAUAUUUUCUAAAGUGUAAGUGAUUCUUGUGUGUGUAUACGUGUUUGAAUGCAAAAGAGAGCAGUUUACAGAAGUGAUUGGAUAUCCACCUGCUUUAUGGGUGCAUAUGUUUAUGCUGGCUCUGCACAGUUGAUUCUUAUUGAUUUGAAUCUGAGGUAUCUGGAUACAGUUUGUGAGAGCCAAGAAAACACACUGGUAUGGUUGGAGUAUUCCUGGAUUUUACAGUGUGGUUUCCUUUUCCAGUAUGUUGCCACCAUUGUCUGCUCUGUGUUUAUGUUAUCAUUGGCUCAUCCGUGUCAAUGCGUUAAUGUAUAUACCAAGGCCAAAACAUUUGCAGAUUCAGGUAACUCAUGGCAAACAUUUGUAGUAUAGCAGUGUAGUACAGAAAAACUUAUGAAAUUUUUUAUGAGUGGCCUUUUUUUCUCUACUUUUUUACUUAAAUGUGAAUACUGUUCCAAUCAUUACUGUCAAUGAUCAAUACACAAGGCUUCUAACUGAACAAAUUCAAACACUAAUUUCUACUGUUAAAUAUUAUUUCAAGACAAAAUCAUGUUUUUGCACCAAUGAUUGUAGACUCAUUUUAGAUACAGUAUCCUGAAACUCUACUGAAAAAUAAAACGUGCAAUAUUACACCUGUUCAGUUUGACACUGAAAAUACAUAAAAAUAACAAUCAUCUCGAUUUUUUUUUUAAAUUCACACCUUGUCGUCAUCACAUUGAGACCAAAGACUAAUCAGCAUCUGAGUGAGCUAUGUUUUCAAGUAUUUACCUCAACCUCCCCACAGCCUCAUUACUCCGGAGCCAUGCCAGUUUAGUUGUAGCUAUAGUGGUUUACUGGGUAUAGUGGUGUUCUGCAGCCAUUUACAAUGUCGUAUGAAACUGCUGCACAAACGACUAAACCCCUCCCCCUAGCAGCGGGUGUCCAAUCGUAGCUUAGCAACCGUAACUAGGCAUGGCAUGCCUGUCAAGCUUCGGCUUUCUCUACAGCUUGAAGCGGUGUAGCAACAUGGGACUGUAUUAAGAGAGAUACUCGCAUUCAAAGAGUUUGGAGGGUCUUUUUUUAAUUAGUCUUUCCAAAAACAAAAUUAAAACAAGCUCAACAGUGUAAGGAAUGGAUUAAACAGUGUGUUUAUCUGCAUUAACGUAACCUGCAAUCGUUAGCAUGUCCGGCUAACUAGCUUACAGUAGUAACCGUGCGUAAUGGCAAGGCCAAGACGCGCGUCAUUAACAUUAGCUAAAUAACAAAAUGUGUUUGUUCUGUUACAGGUUGAGUUAAAAAGCCCCGUUCACUACUAACGUUAGCAUUGUGUAAAAGCCAGUCCUGGAAGCUGUCAGAGUUUAGGCUAACGUUAGCAGCUCUUUCCUGCUCUUUAUUGGAUUUGGGAAGGUUUACACUCCAGCAACCCCAGCCAACGCUACCCGUCAAGUUACUUAUAAUACUAGGACUAACAGGCUCUGCCUAGGACAGCUUGAACCUUAAAGUUAGCCUUUUAGACCGCGUUUUCAACCAACCCAUGGAUCUGAUGUUAGCUUAAUUAGCUAGCUAGCUACAGCUGUCAUUUCAGCCGGCAAAAUCGACAUGGGUCUGCUACAAAUGAGAAGCCUGAGUUUCUUCUACCACUGUCUGAAAUCAAGGACCCAUUGUUUCAAAAGUUACAAAUAAUUAUUAUAGUAAAUCUGCCACCAUAAUAAUUGUAAACUGCAUAUGUGAAGUUCAGAACAGACUGCCUGACGGGCGUAGCAACAGUAACUAAGGGGGCAGGGCUUAGCUAACGGCUGACACCUUUCAUCUAAAUGCCAUGUAACCAUUUCUUCCUCUAAAUACACUCAUUUACACCUACACACCCAAAGAUGCACACAUGAGACAACAUACCAAAUUAAGGACUCACUGGCUGUUUUAAAGCUUCACACAGAUGCUUCUUUACAACUACACUGAGCUCUAAUGUGGUGUCAUUGGUGUCGACCGGAGAGCACAAACCCCUGCUUUUCAAACCCUCUUUUAUGACUCCUCAUAACUCCUUUCCACAACAGUGUUUAAAAGCAUACAGGAGAGAGAACAGAGGGUGAAGUUGAACAGGUCAAUGGCUUUUUCAUGCAUACAGAUAUAUUAUUAAAUAUUGUUAGAGUGCUAACAAUAUGCUUGGAACAUCUGCUUUUGGUACACUGCCACCUGAAACUGCAAGUGUUUUUAUAACCACUGUCAAAAUGCAGUCAGAAAAGGUAAACACGUCUACAAAAGCAGAAACGCUUUGAUCAUAGAAACAGGAGGUCGUCUAGCAGCAAAGUCUUCACUUGCUUCACUGGACUUGACUAAUCACUUUCACUCCCACUUUCUUUUAACAAUGUUAUUUUAGAUGACGAAAAGCAGCAUAGCGGUGUUGUUGAGAUAGGUUUACUGCUGUGAUUUUCUUUUUAUCCCUGAUUUAGGAGUUGGAUUGAAAGAUGUUAAGUCACACAGAUUUGGCGAUGAUUGCCAGAGCUCAAUAUAAAGAAACAAGAACUGUGACCUUGUUUUAUCUCAUGAUAGGACUCCAUAGCAAACAAUGAGACUCAAAAUCACACAGUAUCAUAGCUGUAUGUAAUUUCUGUAACUGCUGUUGUUUUGAUUACAUUUGAAAUAAUAAACAAUGUUGUUAAAUACAAA